CCCACCGUCUCUGAAUUCCAGACCACCAGGCGCUGCGGGGCCCCGAGAGCAUAAGGGUUUUACCUGCAGAGGAAACACAGGUGUCGGGCUGGGCACGAAACUGCUCGGCUCUGCCAGCCGAGGUACUGAGGCCAGCGAAGGGGUAGCUUAGCACACAGUGACAGAAGGCAGGUUCCAGAAAAGCGCGGCAGUACUCAAGUAAGCAUGCCUUAAGAAGAUAACUAUGGAUAAAUAUAUUAAAAUACGGAAGAUUGGAGAAGGAUCCUUUGGGAAAGCAAUACUUGUCAAAGCUAAAGAAAAUGGCCAACAGUAUGUUAUUAAAGAAAUAAACAUCUCUAAGAUGUCAAAUAAGGAGAGAGAAGAAUCAAGGAGAGAAGUUGCUGUAUUGGCUAACAUGAAACAUCCGAAUAUUGUCCUCUAUAGGGAGUCAUUUGAAGAAAAUGGCUGUCUUUACAUAGUGAUGGAUUACUGUGAAGGAGGAGACCUAUUUAAAAAGAUAAAUGCCCAGAAAGGAGUAUUAUUCUCUGAAGAUCAGAUUCUGGAUUGGUUCGUACAGAUUUGUUUAGCACUAAAACACAUACAUGAUAGAAAAAUCUUGCAUCGGGACAUAAAGUCACAGAAUAUAUUUUUAACCAAAGAUGGAACAAUACAGCUGGGAGAUUUUGGAAUCGCCAGAGUUCUUAACAGUACUGCAGAGUUGGCUCGCACUUGCAUAGGAACACCGUACUAUUUAUCGCCUGAAAUAUGUCAGAACAAGCCUUACAAUAAUAAAAGUGAUAUCUGGGCCCUCGGUUGUGUUCUCUAUGAAAUGUGCACACUUAAACAUGCGUUUGAAGCCGGUAACAUGAAGAACUUAGUACUGAAGAUAAUCUCUGGACCGUUUCCUCCUGUUUCUGUGCAUUACUCCUAUGAUCUACGUAAUCUGCUGUCACAGUUAUUUAAAAGGAAUCCUAGGAAUAGACCAUCAGUAAACUCCAUAUUGGAGAAAAACUUUAUAGCCAAACGGGUUGAAAAAUUUCUCACACCAGAGCUUAUUGCAGAAGAAUUCAACCACAAAAUUUUCCAGAAGUUUGGACCACAUGCCGCACCAGCUAAAAGACCAGGUCAAGAACAAACACUGACUUCAGUUGCACCAGCUCAAAAAAUUACCAAACCUGCUGCAAAAUAUGGAGUGCCUUUAACUAUCAGGAAGUCUUGUGGUGCACCUAAAAAGCCUAAUGAGAAGAAGCCAUUGACUAAAUCUAGACAGGAACCUUCAAAAAAGAAAAGGUUAGAAUUGCCUGAAAAAGAAAGACGCCAGAGAGAGCAGAUCAGUUUACUGAAGGCAGAUGAAACAAGAAGAUUGGAAAAAGAAAGGAUGGAACGAAUAAACAGAGCCAGGGAACAAGGAUGGAGGAAUGUGCUUGGUUCAGGUGGAAGUGGUGUUAAGGCACCGUAUUAUGUUGGCGGAGGUGGUGUUGGUCCUUUGCCUGUGUCUUCCAGAGGACACUAUGAACACUAUCACGCUAUUUUUGACCAGAUGCAACAGCAAAAGGAAAACGUUAGAGUAGCUGAAGAGAGGGAAGCCAGAUUGAGGGCAAAACUACAAGACCGAGAAGUUCUUGAAAGAGGAAUUCCACCUGGAACACGUCCAGGAGUUCCUAGGGGACCUGCAGGUCAUCACCAUUUACCUGAUCUUGAUGCAGUUAGGAAAAAAGUGAAAAGAUUGAAGGAGGUGUCUAAACAAGCCAGUGCAAACAGGCAAAAAGGAUGGAUAGCUACAGAUAGAGCAAAGCAAGUCGAAGAAUUCUGGCAACGAAAGAGAGAAGCCAUGGAGAACAAAGCCCGAGCUCAGGGACACAUGGGUACACUGCAAAACGUGGCAGAUACCUAUGGAGGCAGGCCUGUUUCUGCAAGAGGAAGGAAAUCCAGAAACAAGGAGGAAGAGGAAUACUUGGCAAGAUUGAGACAGAUCCGGCUACAAAACUUUAAUGAACGUCAACAGAUUAGAGCAAAACUUCGUGGAGAGAAGAAUGAAGCUACCAGUUCUGAUGGACAAGAAUCAAGUGAGGAAGCAGAACUGAAACGCAAAAAGAUAGAAACGCAGAAGGCCCAAGCAAAUGCUCGAGCAGCAGUUCUGAAGGAACAGUUAGAGCGAAAGAGAAAGGAAGCUUAUGAAAGAGAGAAAAGAGCCUGGGAAGAACAUCUGAUUGCAAAAGGGGUCAAGAAUCCUAAUGUGCCUUUUCAUGUGGAAGCUACAGAAGAUAGUCCUGUGAAUGGGCUACAAGAGCCUGGAGCAGCUCUUCCUAAGCCACAACUUCCAGUGAAGCCUGGUGCACCUGUCAUCUCCAUGACUUAUGCUUUGAAGGAAGUGGGUGUGGAUGAACAUGUAACUGCUGUCCAGGAAUCUGAGGAGGAAAUAAAAAAGCCAGAUUUUGCAAUGCAAAAUAAACGAGAAAUACUGAGAAGAUUAAAUCAAAAUCUUAAAGCCCAAGAAGAUGAGAAAGGACAAAAGGAGUGCAAAAAUGUAUUUGAAUCAGCUGGGUCUGAAGAUGGUAAGGAACAACAAGAAGGUGACCAGCCGCUUCUAGGAGAUCGCAAAAAAUGGGAAUCUGGGGCACCUGAGCUGGUAGUUCCUCUAGCUCAGUUAUCAAUGGAAGAUUCUCUCUCUGGAACAGAGUGUCAAACUCUGGGGGAAGUAAUUAAGUUAGAUAUUGGUGAACCCCACAGGAAAGUCUGGGGCAAGAGCCCUACUGAUUCAGUCCUGAGGAUCCUAGGAGAAGCAGAGUUGCAGCUGCAAACCGACAUACUUGAGGAACAAGAUGUAAUAAAUGGUACUGCAGAACUUGUUGAAGGAGAUCAUCAGUCUUCAUCAGAGGAGAAGGAAGACAAGGCUUUCUCUGCUGUUGGAGCUCAGUCUUCAGUACCCAUUGGUGUCACAGAAUCUGUUGUGACUGUACCAGGAGAAUCUAGAAGAGCUGCACCUACCCAGGUGCAGAGCAAACCUAUUACGUUAGAUGAACCUGAUGAUUUGGAAGCAGAGAUGUUGGAAGAAAUGGAAGAUAAAAAGCACCAGAGUAAGGAGAGUAAAGAAUUUCCCAUCACUGUUAAUGAAGUGUGGGUAAAAGAGAAAGAGGAUACGGCACAAUGUGACAGAACAAAUGAGGCAGCUUUGGAGAAACGAGCACUUGACAAGGUGCAAACACAAAAGGAAGCUCCAGGAGAAACUUGUUCCAGUGACUCUCAGCAAGCUGAACCCUUAUUCCAGAGGGUAAUACAGCCCACAGCUGUACCAACAGCCUCACCAGUUCUGUCAGCCCAGUCUUCACAGGAAGAGCCUUUUGUACCUCGUUCACGUUCCAUAUCACCAGCAAAAACUAAAGGCAAAAGUUCAUUGUUGAUUGGACUUUCUACAGGACUUUUUGAUGCAAAUGACCCAAAGAUGUUGAGAACAUGUUCACUCCCAGAUCUUUACAAACUGUACAGAACUUUAGUUGAUGUUCCCAGUGUAGCAGAUGUGCAGCAUCAACAUAAUCUUGAAAUAGAUGAUACGGAAGAUGAGCAAGCCAAAGAAGGACCCUCUGAUUCUGAGGAUAUUAUGUUUGGAGAGACAGAUACAGAUUUGCAGGAGCUCCGGGAUUCAAUGGAACAAUUGCUUAGGGAGCAGCCUAGUGAGGAAUUCAGUGAAGAAGAAGAGUCUACUUUAAAGGCUAAUGUCAUUGAAUGCAUAACAAAUGGUACUGAGCUGGAUGAAGGAGAUGAAAAUAAUCCCAGCAGUGAAAGUGCACUUAAUGAAGAAUGGCAGUCAGAUAAUAGUGAUGGAGAGAUUGCCAGUGAAUGUGAAGAAUGUGAUAGUAUCUUCAGCCAUUUGGAAGAGCUGAGAUAUAACCUGGAGCAGGAAAUAGGCUUUGAUAAAUUAAUUGAAGUUUAUGAGAAAAUAAAGGCUAUACUUGAAGAUGAAGAUGAAAAUAUUGAUAUUUGUUCAACCAUAGUUCAGACUGUUCUUGGAAAUGAACACAAACAUCUCUAUGCCAAAAUACUUCACCUAGUAAUGGCAGAUGGAGCCUACCAAGAAGGUAAUGAUGAAUAAACCUGACUCAGGAAAUUCCUUAAUGCUGUACUACAUACCACUGUCUGAAGUCUGCACAGCUGAAUAACAAAUUGUAGUGGAGAAUGUAACAUGGGGCAGGAGAGGCAAGACUUCAAAAAAGAAUGUUGAUUGUAUGAAAAAGAGAAAAAACAUGCCUUUUAAAACUGA